AUGGCGCCCUCUAAAGGGCGAAGCCUGAACCCAUUCCGAAAGGAUCACAAAGACUCCGCUAGCAGCUCUUCAAAGCCACAGGAACCGUCUACAGCGUCUGCCCUUGGCCUCAAGAUCGUCGCAGAGGGGGAGCAGCCAGUGGUGGACAUCGUUGCCGUUCAUGGCUUGAAUGGACACCGCGACGAGACGUGGACUGCAGCGAACGGUACCCACUGGCUUCGCGAUCUUUUGCCAAACGACGUCCCAAAUGCACGCAUAUUCUGCUGGGGAUACGACGCGAACAUGCACGGCAAGCGCGUCAGCUACCAAUUCCUCCACGAUCAUGCAGAGGAACUAGUGUCGGAUCUCUGCCGUAUGAGAAAGCGCACAGAUGCUCUCAUUCACUCGGACGCGGCACUGAAAGGCGCACGGAAAGGCGCACGGAAAGGCGCGCUGGAAGAACACCAAUCGAUCAAGGCGUAUACGUACGGAAUCAUGUUUAUGGGCACUCCUCACCAAGGCGGAAACGGAGUGCAGUUCGGAAAGCUGCUAGUAAAUGCGGCAUCGGUUUACAAGGCCACCAACAGCCACCUACUAGAGCAUCUAGAGCGAGACUCAGAAUGGCUCCAGCAGCAGCUUAGGCAGUACGGGCCAAUCAGUAGGAAGAUUGUGACCAAGUUUGCUUACGAGGAGUACGAGACCCCGACGGCGCUAGGUCAUUCAAUCAUGGUGGUGCCAAAAACAUCCGCGGUCGUCCCAGGCGCCGCCGACGCUAAACAGAUCAUGAUCCACGCGGAUCAUAGAACAAUGGUCAAGUUUGAGUCAAAAGAGGACAAUGACUAUGAGAAAGUUUCAGACCAUUUGGUUAUGAUGGUUGAAGAAGCAGGCAGCGUUAUCAACUUUCCGAGGAAGGAGAUUAUUCGUGUAAUAAGAGAGCUCCAUGAUGGCAUCGAAGCAGCCGUCAAAGACUGGCCCUCAGUCCAAGCACAACCGUGGAUGGCCCAAGUCGAUUCUACAGUCACAGAAAAGUCUUGCAUCGCUUGUCCGACUACGACGUCGUCCAACACCUGCGACAUAAUUGAUCUGGCUUUAGUCUUCCUCAAGGGGACCUGCUUCGGUUGCGCCCAGAUCUUUGCUGCUGUUUACUCUAUUCUACUUGAUGAUGACAGCGACGACAUGUAUUAUUAUUUCUCACAGAUCCACAUUUGGCUGAGGGACAAGGGCGGUAUUAUGAUACGACCUGGAAUCACAAUCGUCUUUGGCGGAAAACAGGACUAUGAACUCAUUCGUAUCGGCCAAGACGCCGUCGCGAGCAACGAUACAAGGCUCCAACCCGACGUAAUGGCAAAGCAUAUGGCCGGUGUAGCAUUCAAGGGAUCUACGGAUUUUGCUUUGCCCAAAAAAGAGAGGAUCGCACCGUCGCUAUCUCUGGCGUGGCUACGACAACGAUUAGACACGUGUGUUCGUGACCAUCCAUCGUGCCAGCGACGCGAUGACUUGCGAUUGCCAACGAGAAUCCUAGAUUUGGGCCGUGAUAGUUCUCAUAUCUUCUUGGUGGAAAGUGCUGGGAUUGAGGUUCCCAGGUACAUCUGCUUGAGCUAUCGUUGGGGUCCAGUAGAGACGAGCCUUCGAACACUGUCAACGAAUUACAAGAAGCACGAAGCCGGAAUAUUGAUCGAUUCUCUCUCGCCCAUGUUCCAAGAUGUAAUAAACAUCAUCAGGCAAUUACAAGUUCGCUACCUUUGGAUAGAUGCGCUCUGUAUUGUACAGGACUCAUCUGAAGACUGGAUUCGGGAGUCUGCUAAGAUGAGCGACGUCUACGCAAAUGCAUUUCUCACAAUUGCUGCUAGUGCCUACCCCGGGGAUACCAACCGCGGCCUGAUGCAAGUGGAAUCCGAACAUUACGGCUGGCUCUUGCCAAGUAGAGCCGACGAGUUUAUUAUCUGUCGUCGCGAGAUCGACCAUACUUUAUUCACGACUGACAUAUUACUCAUGCCACAGCAAAAUGCACAACUUGUGGAGAUUCUCCCUCUGCUAGGGCGCGGUUGGGUGUAUCAAGAGCGCGCUCUUAGCCCACGAUAUGUGCACUUUGGCCAAGAGAUGGUGUGGGAAUGUAAUGCCUGCACCGAAUGUGAAUGCUCCUGGUCCUACGACGACGAAAAGCGGUGGAAACUCGCGAAUCAUUCCAGUCCUGAAAGGUCAAACAGUAUGAUUGAUGAAUGGCAUCGGCGUGUCUCGGCCUAUACCGGGCUACAGCUCACCUUCCCCGGGGAUAUUUUCCCAGCAAUGGGAGGCAUGGCUCGUGAUUUCCAGCGUAGCUUUGACGGCUUGGGCAGUUUCCAAGCCGGAAUGUGGGAAAAUACAAUACUUUACAAUCUCGCCUGGGUCGGCAAACAUCUGAAACCUCGUAAACGCGUGCCUCACUGGCGUGCACCCACCUGGAGCUGGGCAGCACUCGAAGGGCCCGUAGAAUUCCGGCUCGCAGAAAACUACAGAGGCUUUCAAGGAAAGCCUCUGUGCGAGCUUAUUUCCGUAGACUGCAAACCGACUGGCGAAGAUCCAUUUGGCGCAGUGAAAGAAGCUUCAAUAACGCUGGAGGGAUUCCUCGUAUCCGUUAAGAUAGUCUGGAACGAUACGGACGUGGUCUGGAAUCCAUACGACGGAGACGAUGAGCCAGAUCUCUACUUGGACUCGAGCGAACUUGGCUGGGCUCGGUGGGACUGUUGGCCGGAUCCUGUUACUGCCACCAACAUCCCGCCGUACAGCCAGGUGAGUCUUUUCCUGUUAGCAGAGUCUCGCAAGACCUAUCGCUUCUUGUUGCUCAAGGAAAUUAGAGAUGGUGUGUAUGAACGCUACGGCAACGCACAGUUCGAAGACUACACAGUAAAUAAGUAUAUCAAGGCGCACUGGGAAAAGCGGCGGUUUACAAUCGUUUGA